GAGAGCAGGACACGUGACCCCUACACACGUGAGACCCGUUUCUUCAUCUGGAUAUGGAGCCUGUUUGAACAUCGCUUUGCCGCCAUGGCUUGCAGUAAGCGAUAAGACUUCUAAAUCACGCAUCUAAAUGGAUAUUUCCAGAACCCAUUGUAUGUAGGAUGCCGUCAGCAGAUAGAUACCUUUAAAAUCUGAGCAAAGGCAGCAUGAGCCGGGCGAGAUGCGGUGGGACCUGGGGAGAGAAGGAGCCCCGCAAUUUGACAGCUGAGACACGCCACCGUCCUGUGCUUUGGUGACACUAACGGGAUGACAACGGGGUCUGGGACAAACAUAAGUGCUUAUUGUGAAUAUGGAGAUUUGAGGACUGUGAUGGGGAAGGUUCCAGAAUGAAAUCUAGGCUUAAAUCUAGUCACGUAGCAAUAACAGCGAUCAGAAUUUAAGGCUCCAAAGACAACAGUGGGAUGUACAACUGUUCCCUUUGUCACGCGACAAUGACAUAUUAAUAUUUAAAAGAACACAUCCCGGAUUUAUUUCGUAUACAAUCAUAUAUGUACAUGUAUUAAUAUAUGUGUUAGUGUGUGUAUUCAUACAUGCAUGUGUAAACCAAGACUUGCAAGCUCGCCUGCCUGUGUAAAUAGGCUACGUUGCUAUUUAUCAAGCUUUCGCCUUUUCCAUUCAGAUGCUUUUCCAUCUGUGCGCGGUUAAUAAAUUAAGCAAAUGUAAAUAAGCGUUUGACAAAUUCGUGAGUAAAGUCUGCUUCUUCAUUUCCACGAUAGCACGACGGAACCGCACACUGCGCUGAUGAAAAGGAAAGGAAUGAAAUAUGAAAUCGCUUAAAAUAAAUGGUGAAAAAUUAAUUUUAGCCUAAAUUAGCAUGAUAUGUUCCAUAGUGCAUUUGAAAACAUCUCCUUGGUAUUUAUUCUACGCAAAUGUACAGGGUGGGUGCUCUGUGCGCGGAUGAACCCUUUAAAUCUGCUGAAACACUCGUUCCCCCGUUGCUGUUAAUACCGAGUUACUAUCUGUGAUCGUGAAAACGGGAGGGUGGGAGAGAGGGAAGGCGGUAGUGCACCUUGCUCGAAAGCCGAGCACAGCACACGAACAUUUCCCCGAUGGAUGGAGGCUGCAUCCCGCAGCGAAGAUGGCAGAUAAGACGCGUCCCCGGCUUUUCUCUUUAAUGCAGCCACAUCUUUAGGAAGCGAAAGCGCCGAGGAGUCUGCGGAAGGAGGGAGGAGGAACUCUCAUAUUAACAUCCCUGGGAGGAACCACGGCAGAGCUGGGAGACAGUGGGGUCUGGGCCGGGUUCAGAAUGGCGUCGAACGGCAUGGAAAGGCGCCGGCAGACCACGCCCAUCACCACGCCGGAGGGAAAUGUAGUGAUGAGCUUCAGCUUUGAGAGCUACCAGCUGGAAGAGGAGGACCUCCAAGCCAAAGACGUUCCCGACAGAGGGAUCCUUACCUUUGCAGAGCCGGUCUUCGAGGAGCCUACACCAGAUGACCGGUACCAUGGGAUAUACUUUGCUAUGCUGCUAGCCGGAGUUGGAUUCCUGCUGCCUUACAACAGCUUCAUCACUGACGUGGACUACCUACAUCACAAAUUCCAAGGAACGUCUAUCGUGUUUGACAUGAGUCUGACAUACAUCCUGGUGGCCUUGUUGGCGGUGGUCCUGAACAAUGCCUUGGUGGAGACUUUGGGUCUACAUACCCGGAUCACUGUGGGCUACCUGUUUGCUCUCGGGCCACUGCUGUUUGUGGGUGUCUGUGACGUCUGGCUGGAGCAGUUCACCAACAAGCAGUCCUAUGUCAUCAACUUGGUGGCGGUGGGGGUGGUGGCCUUUGGAUGCACAGUUCAGCAGUCCAGUUUUUACGGCUACAUGGGGAUGCUUCCAAAGAGGUACACGCAAGGAGUGAUGACCGGAGAGAGUACUGCGGGCGUCAUCAUAUCCCUGAGCCGGAUCUUCACCAAGCUCCUAAUUAAAAACGAGAGGAAGAGCACCAUCAUCUUCUUCCUCAUCUCAAUCUGCAUGGAGCUCACCUGCUUCAUGCUGCACUUGCUGGUGCGUCGGACCCGCUUCGUGCGGUACUACACCAGCCUUGCCCGCCAGGGUCGCACCGAGGUCAAAGGUCACACGGACCGGGCCACCGGAUACCAGGUCCACCAUGAUGUCAACGCAGAGGAAGAUGAUGGAGCCUUGGGCGUCCUUCCUGCCGAUGGCGAAUUGGCCGGCAGCGGGACCUACGUGAGGUUUGACGUUCCCAAACAAAAAAUAAAGACAAGCUGGCCUACAGUGAAAGACAUGAUCCUGCACCGCUACGUGGUGUCCCGCGUGAUCUGGGCCUACAUGCUCUCCAUUGCGGUGACCUACUUCAUCACCCUCUGCCUGUUUCCGGGCCUGGAGUCGGAGAUCCGCAACGCCACGCUGGGGGAGUGGCUGCCCAUUCUCAUCAUGGCUGUCUUCAACAUGUCAGACUUCGUGGGCAAAAUCUUGGCUGCCGUGCCGUACGACUGGAAAGGCGCCCGCCUGCUGCUGUUCUCCUCCUUCCGCGUGGUCUUCAUCCCCCUCUUCAUCAUGUGCGUCUACCCGGCAGAGAGGCCCACGCUCAGCCACCCUGCCUGGCCCUGCCUCUUCUCCCUGCUCAUGGGCAUCAGCAACGGCUACUUCGGCAGUGUGCCCAUGAUCCUGGCCGCCCGGAAGGUGCCGCCGGAGCAAAGGGAGCUGGCAGGGAACACGAUGACCGUGUCCUACAUGACCGGCCUGAUGUUGGGCUCUGCAGUUGCCUACUUCGCCUACAGUUUCACGGCUCAAGGCUCCGCCUCCCACUCAGAAGCACUGUGGAACUUCACCUCAGGUUACUGAGGAGACCCCCACCCCACCGCCCUUACAAGCCGCGGUAUAAACGCCGCACUGAGCCUCCCUAGUGCUCACUUGGACUUGAUUGUGUAACCGUGCAUAUUUAGACACGUCAACUCAUUGGCGUCGGAGCGCAUCCAUACAUACGCACUCGCGCAUCUGCUAUCCUGUAGUACCACCGCGUUGGACCGCUCUCCAGGCCACGGCGCUCUCUGACAUCUGCACAUUCAGGUCCUUCCUUUGACCUACUUCGCCGUUUCGGUUUCACCUGGACAUGGGUUUUUUCAAACCGCUCUAUUUGAGGCUGAGUUCUCGUCUCCCCCCCUCUGGGUUCUCCCGGAUUAGACUCCAAAAAAAAAAAAACAGGUACAUAAAUAUAUAAAUAACGCUGGUAUGUGCAAGCUGGUUCUGAAGCUGCCAUGGACGUCGAACCCCUUUCCUCCUCUGGUCUCGAAGUCAUUCUGUGUAAAUAAUAAAACCAUCUUUUUGUA